AUGUUUCUCGAUCAGAUCCCUCACCUUCUCUGCGGCUUUUUGCUGCGUUAUUUGAAUGUCCUGCUCUACGCCAGCAGUGACAACUACUUCUUUGUCGAGGCGGAAAGACUGCUUCAUGAAGGCAACCGGCGCAAUGCAUCUGUUAUUUCUCUGAUGGCCGUGCGUGGUUUAGCCAAAAUCAUCAAAUCCUCUACCCAUUACUUCCUUGGCCACAUCAUGGCCGUCGUGAUGAUUCUGGAGAGUCAGACUCUGCAUACCCACGCAUCUGCUCUGAUGCACACCAGCGCCGAUCCCCUAAACAUCGCAGCCCCGGCCCCCGUCUCGCGCAGCGUCUUGAGCGCCAUCAUCUUCAUGGUGUGCACCGUCGGCCUGCGCGUCUUCUUCAAGGGCGUCAAAGCCGCCAUCGUCUACAACGUCUCCGUCCUCCUCUUGACUCUCUUCCUCGACAAGAUCGGACGCCUGCUCUUCGGUCCACGCUCCUUCGUGCCGUACGCCGCGCGCCUCCUCUCCAGCAUCCUGCUCAGCAGCCUCCACCUCGCAUGGACGCAGGCCAUGAUCUGCAUCCCCUCGUCGUCCACGCCGGCCUCCUCCUCACUCGAGAAAUCGUCCCCCUCCACCUGGCGCAUUCUCGCCCUCCCGUCCCUUUUCUUAACCGCCGUGCAGAUCCUCUUGAACAACUUCCCUCGCCUGUUCCUCCGUCUGUCCCUCUUCCUGGUCCCCGAGCACGUGCUCCGCAACGCUCAGCCCUGGCAGCCUAAACUGGCGUCCCUGAUCCUCGUCACGCUCUGCCGCCUGCUGCUGUACUUCCCGGCUCGGAUUGCCCUCACGCUCACGGAGGUGCGCCUGCUCCCGGAAGGCGACCAGACCAUCAUCCCGUCGGUUCGAGGCCGAGGGGCACGCAUAGGCGAGCUCGGUGUUUUCGAACAUUCCAGUCCCGGAGUCUCGGGUGUUGGUGUUAGUUCUGGACUCGGGACUCGGUUCGGAUUGGACCUUGGGAGGUGGGAUACGGUCCUCUGGCUGUGGGAGCUUCAUGUCAAGAACUCGCUCGUUCAGUUUGCUGUCAAGGCUAUGAUGGGAAGAGACUAG